ACCUCUCUUCUGGUCCAUUGCGCAACCGAUUUAAAAGAGACCACUGUGAAGCCAGCACUUCUAUAAUGAAGACGCAACUGAAGACACGUGUUUUACUUGGAUCUGGCAAGAACUAACAAUGAAGACUACAGCAUGUGUCAUCAUUUUCUUGCUGACUCUGUAUCAGGGGGAGGCACUGAAGUGUAACUUUUGCUUCUCAAAGGGAGGUGACCUCUGUACUCCUACCAGCGUCCAGACUUGCUCUGGAUUUGCUAAUGCUUGUGCUGCUGUCAUAUUCCAGUACCCACUGAACUCUUCGUUUCGUCAGUGCAUGAACAUGGCGGUGUGUCAGGGCUACAUCACAACACCCGGCGUGUUCGCCCAGUGCUGCAGCACUGACCUCUGCAACUGAGUCUCUUCAGUCUUGCCACACAUAAUCUCCAAUCAUCUCAUUUCUAAUGUUCAUAUUAUACUCUGCUGGCUUCCAACAGCUGCCAGUCGAAGUCUGUGGAAGGUGCACAGGGCUAUAAUCACAAUGCACAAUAAAAAGAAGAUGAGUUGACUGCUGUUGACACUAGAUGGCAACAGAGUAUUCCGCAAAACGAUGAGCUUCCACUCUGCUAAAGUCUGUGCUUUUAAAAAGAGCAUUAUUAAAAGACAAAAAAGUGACAUUUUAAAACUCCCUUUA